UGCCUGGUAGUGAUUGUCUUUGGUGGCGUUCAAGAAUUCAAGAAGGUUCAAGAAUUUCAAGAAUAUAUGUGAGCAUUUAUGAACGUUUGCGAAGUUGUUGGAUGAAGCAUUGUAAGCAUGGCACCGGAUAAUAGGCGUCUGCAAGGGCCAGAAAGUACAUUUUCAUAUACGUUAUACAUACCUAACAAUAGAACUGAUCACAAUGUAGUUGAACAAAUAAGUAGCGACGAAAGAAGAAAAGAUGGCCGGAAGUUAAACGAGCAACGACGCAUUUAUGUGAAAACUGGAGUCGUGAGUCAGGCCAAAGGGUCAGCUUAUAUUGAACAAAGUAAUACCAAAGUUGUGUGCUCAGUAUUUGAUCCACGUGAAAUUCCUCGUAAAUCGGGCUACAGUGUGAAUGGGGAGUUGUAUUGUGAAUUCAAGUUUGCACCAUUUUCAUGCAUACAGUGGAGAAGUCAUCAACCGGACGCAUUUGAAAAAGAGUGCAGUUUAAUUUUACGUAGAUCAUUAGAACCAGCAGUGUGUCGUCAUGAGUUUCCAAACUUCCAAGUCGAUGUGUAUGCAUUGGUUCUGGAAAAUGAUGGCUCAGCUCUUGCUGCUGCUAUUACCUGUGCUGCAUUAGCACUAGCAGAUGCCAGUGUUCCAAUGUAUGAUCUUGUGGUAGCAGCAACCUUGGGGGUUCAUGGUGAUAAAAAAUUCAUGGACCCAACUGUAGAGGAAGAAUCCCUUUGUAACAUUCUACCCCCUGAUGGAAGAUCACGUAACCAUGGUAUAAUCACUGCUGCCUUCUCGCCAGCCCAUCAGCAGAUGUCUGAAUUUGCACAGUCAGGGGCUAUGGAUAUUGAUUGUGCUACAUCUUCCAUUCAGCUUCUGAGAGAAGCAUGUGAAAGUAUAUAUCUUCUUUCACAGCAGUGCCUUCUGAAAGGUGUUACAAAAAUGCUCAAGAAGAAACAAAAAGAAAUAAAGUUAGACCUCAGUAGUGAUCGAAUUGCAUGUUGAAUAUUAUAGUAAGAGCAAAUAUUUCAAAUAGCUUUUAGCUUUAAUAAAUCUAAUAAUUGUAAUGAUUUAUUGUGAACAACUUUAAUAACUUAUGUUACAUUUUGCACCUAAUGGAUAAAAGAACUUGGAACUGCUGACUGUUGUCUGCAUUAAGGAAUACAUAUCAUUUUUAGUGAAUCCACUGCUGUAGAACAGUGUUUGCAACACACAGUAGAAGAUGUUUAUGCAGUGGGGUGCUUGUCAUGUCCAACCAAUUUGCCCAUGCAGGUCCUAUGAUGAGAAUCCAAUCUCCUGAUGUCACUGUCUUACAUACUGCAUGUAACAAUGCUGGUGAUAGGUAUGGAAGUGAAUCUUGCAAGUUGAUGAAUAUCAUGAAUUAUUAAUGCUGUCAUUAAUAUCAAUUAUCAAGAUUAAUGAAUGUUUCAUAGUGACAUAAUUUUAAUGUAAUAUAUUCAGUUUCACAUUUCAGAUGUGUACAAACAAUCUGGAUAAUUUUAAAAAUUUCACCAGUAGGUUUACAUAUUGUCAUAUUUGUGACUAGACACAGACUUUGGAUUGAUAAUUGGAUUUAUUGGAAGAGUAUAACUCAUAGCUACAUAUGAUUCUAACAGUAUCACCAGUUUAAACAAUAUAAAUCACUACAAUUACAGUGAACACAAAGUCUCCUUAUUUUUCUGUCAUCACUAAUCAGUGCUAGGCAGCGGCUGCUCACAGUGGAGAUUCCUCAUGGUGAACCUCAAACUGCCACUGUUCACUCGCAACUCACGGCUCUCUUGACUGACUCACGGCUAACUUGCUGCUGGCCCUAGCCAGCACAAUUAUUCUCAAGAGUCUCACAGGACUUUUGACAAUAUUUUAACAUCUGACAGCUCU